AUGGCCAUCCCCCAAGAUACCCGCAUUGACGAGCUCCGCAACCUCGCUGCCAAAAUCCAAGAUGCUGUUGAGAAUUAUGCUCAAGGCAAAGUCAAAAACUCUAGCGGUAUUAUCAAAUUAUGUCAAGAUUUGCAGCAUCGCAGCGAGUCUCCAGAAGUCUUUGCCGAGCGUCUCAGAUAUCAGCCGUUGGAUAUCUGCGCCCUUAUGAUGGCUGUAGAAGGUGGUAUUUUGCAGGCGCUCUCGAGCCGUGGAGAAGAGACCACUGCAGACCAGUUGGCUGAAUUGACAAAUCGUCCAAAGCUUCAUAUCGUUCGUGUGCUGCGUCUCCUCACCGCAAUCGGAGUGUGCGACGAAGUUGGGUUCCAGCUAUACCGUGCAAACGAUAAGACGCCUGUGGUUGCUAGCAAAGGUCAAAUUGGAGGUUUCAGGGUCUGCUCCAUCCCUGCCUGCGCAAUCACAACAAACAUCGCGGAGUAUUUUUCCAAAUACCCCAACGAAACCACGGCUGACGGUGCCCCAAAUUCCGCAUACUCAUACACCUAUGGCAAGGACAUGUAUGAUUUCUUGCGGGAAAACAAGGACCGCAAAGCAGAUUUCGAUGCUUACAUGGAGGCCCGCAAAAAGGACAAGCAACGACGCUGGCACCACGUUUAUCCUGUCAUGUCAGAGCUAGGAUCAACCGACGACGUAUCUGCAACUACCAUUGUUGAUGUUGGCGGAAGCCGUGGCCACGAUCUUGAAAGUUUUCUUGAGAGUAACCCUGAGUUCAACGGUAAUCUCAUUCUGCAAGAUCUGCCUGAGACCGUAGGACCAAUCAUGGGCGAGAAACGAGUCUUCAAGGCUAUAGCACAUGACUUUUUCCGUCCAGAGCCGAUCAAGGGAGCAAGACUCUACUUGUUACUCGCGGUGCUGCAUAAUUGGGAAGACGCAGAGUGUCGAAUCAUCCUCAGAAAUCUGGCGGAGGCCAUGAAACCGGGCUAUUCGCGCCUGCUAGUUUCGGGAAUGCUUGUUCCAGAGGUUGAUGCAGGCCGCCUUACCGCAGAACUUGACAUGCAAAUGUGGUUGCUGCAGCAUAGCAGGCAGCGAACAAAGCGCGAAAUAGAGGAGCUAAUGAGCGCUGCUGGGCUGGAGAUUGUGAAGAUCUGGGAGAAUGGUGAUCGGGAGUCACUUAUCGAGGUGCAGGCCUUAGAGAAAUGA